CUCUUGAACAAAUUGAGCUAUUUACAGGGUGAGCAAACGGAGAGAAUGGACUACACUGGGAAAAAUAAGGACGAAAUUCCGAAAAGAGGGGAAACGUCUUUUGGCAACAGGCUGACAGUUGGCAGCUCCUCCAGCACAGGGUCAUCGAAUUCCUUGCCAUCAAGCACUGGGUCAUCAGCUAGCACUGUACCGGGGUCACGUGAGGGCAGAAGAAUCCUCAUUGUCAACGCGAAGGACCCCACAAAAAAUAGCCGGGUUUUGCUGAAUCCGAAAACCUCGCAAAGCUUUGAAGCCAUCUUGAACGACUGGGGUCAAGUAUUGAAGAUGAAGUCUGUCUCUGGGAUGCUCACACCGUCGAAUGCCCAGGUCAGAAGCUUGUCACAAUUGAGGAAUGAUUUUGCGGAUGUGGAUGAGUUUUAUCUCCAAGAAGGAGCCACUACAAACAUAGUAACUAAUAAAAACGCGAGGAUGAGUCUGAGGCCCCCAAAGGUCAACAACAAGUUGGUCAGGUCACAAAGCGAACCAAACAUCAAAGAGGCCCUCACAGGUGACCCAAUUACAAUAACAGUCAGAGGCAAGCAGCACAUUUUGCAUGCUUCCAGCAAGUCCAAAAGUUUCAAAGUGGAUUCCAGUGUUCCAAAGGAAACCCUCAAACUUGACUGGGUGUAUGGCUACAGAGGAAUGGACAGCACAGAAAACCUAAUGGUAGCCCCAGCCACUGGUGAGCUAAUUUAUUAUGUAGCUGCUGUGGUGGUACUUUAUGACAAGAACAAGAACCAUCAGAGACACUACACUGAGCAUACAGAGGAUAUCUCUGCGCUGUCACUUCAUCCCAAGAAAGAUGUUGCUGCUUCAGGGCAGAAGCAAGGCAGGUCAAGAAGGAAUGCAGCACAUAUCCGGAUUUGGUCUCUUUCCACUUUAGAAACCCUGCAAGUCCUGGGAAAUGGAGACAUUAGGAUUGGCAUUGCAUCUCUUGCAUUUUCCAACAAAAACAAAGGUUCACUGGUGGCAGCAGUGGAGUCUGGAGAGAACCACGUCAUGAGGGUUUGGCAAUGGGAGUCAGGAGAAAUGGCAGGAAAGGCCAAUACGCACCGAGACUUGAUUUCGGGGGUCAAGUUCCACCCACAAGAGAAUAACUUGGUGAUAACCUACGGAAGAAGCCAUUUGUGCUUCUGGGGCAAACGAAGAGAUGGCGCUUUUGACAGAGCUGACGCCAUUUCACCACAAAAUGGGUCAACCAAGCCCCAGACAAUCACAUGCAUAGACUUCCAGAAAAAUGGUGACAUUUUCACUGGGGACUUGGAUGGGAAGAUAACAACAUGGGCUCUUAGAGAUGGUGGUUAUGUUGCUCUCAAAGAGAUCCAAGCUCAUGACAAGUCUGUCACUUGCAUUUUCACCAUGCCUGAAGGAUCCCUGGUGUCAGGAAGUGACACUGACAGAAGAAUCACUGCUUGGGACCCUCUUGCUGACUUUGCCAUACUGGCUGAAACCAGGCUGCCAGAAAUAGCUGGGGGAGUGAGGUCAAUAGUGUGUCAAGUGCCUGGGAAGUCUGAACCAGGACUAUUUGUGGGCACCACCAAAAACCUCAUUCUAGAAGGUGGACUGCAGUCCAAGUUCCAACCACUGGUUGUAGGUCAUGCCAAGCAGCUCUGGGCUCUGGCUGUUCACCCCAGUUUGCCAGUAUUUGCAUCUGCAGGCUUUGACAGAAACAUUCUCAAAUGGAAGAACCACAAACCAGAGUGGAGAGUGCAAUCCAAGUCAGACUUACGCGAAGACGUUCAAAGUUACUCCUACCCUUCGAAGAGCGUCACCCAUGGUAACUACCAGUACACUGGGGGAGGAACCUUGGCCAUGGCUUCCCAAAAUGGAAACUUGUACUUGUACAAGGCAGAAAGAGGAGGCUGGGUCUUCAGGAGAUCCAUGACACUUUCUGGGAAACUGCCAUUGGCCAACUUUGAUUGGUCUACCUCUGGGGAAUUCAUUAGAACACAGUCCCAAGAGCAUGACAUAUUCUAUUGUAUUUUCAAGAACAGUAAUUAUGUGGAGGAGCCAACCAUUGCCUGUUGUGACAGAUCUUACUCAAAAACGCUUCUAGCAGUUGGUGAUGUUGAUGGGCAUUUGAGGUUGUUCAGACACCCAACAAUCAGCAGCAAAGCCGGAUUCAGGGAGACAAAAAGCUACAGCUCCUACGUUUCGCAAGCCAAAUUCACUGCAGAUGAUGCGUUCAUCAUCACAACAGGGGGCACUGAUGCAGCUUUGAUGCAAUGGAAGUUGACAUAGAUGUCGCCCUCAGCUUGCUGUAUAAUAUAACGGUGCUUUUGAUGAACUAUGGAGAAAGUUUUUAUGAGUGCAUUGAUGGAUAUAGUGAUGUUUGCCUGAAUUGCAGCCGAAUAUUUUUUCCCCUGCAGCUUGAAAAAAUAUAAAAUCGAUUUUUGCAAAUGAAGA